UCCAACCAGAUGAAUUCAUCAACUGCACAUGUGAUUCGAUGUUUGCAGCAGAUACACAAGGUAAUCGGGAAGGCCAAUGAAAUUCUUGCAGGCAUCAGCCAGCCAUCUGUCUGUAGAGAGGUGUUGCUUUCUACUCCUGGAACAGCCUACAUUUGGGGAUUGUCCGAGAUCUAUCAGAUCUCCAAGCACUUGGGAGACGCCGUGAGCGCUCGGAAAUUGACAAGCGAGCUGCUCUUGCAAACAUUGCGCGAGGUGGAUUUGGCUUGGAAUAACCUCUUGUCUUUUCUCGUGGUUGGUCGUUCUGUGUUCCAGACGUUGCUUCUGCCACCGCUGCCUGUGAGCGAACCUUGCGUGACGCUUGCAAAAAGUGAACUUAAUCGUGUCUGCGGAGUUUGCCUCGCAGAGGUAAACCGAGAACCUGAGGUGCCUUCUGGAAGUCUGGAUCCCGUUCUACACCAGGGAUUCUUUUAUCAUGUCGGAUGUGCCAACUUUUGGCUGAAUUGUGUAGACUCCACGCUGCCAAGAGAGAGCUGAUCUCUUCUGACCUGCUCCCCGAACACGACAAACC